AUGCGCACCUCUCUGAUCAAUCUCUCUGUUCUGGCAGCUUCUGCCUCUGCUUCCUACCUCCUGGAGGAUGACUAUUCCUUAGACGUAUUUGCCGACAUGUUUGAUUUCUUCACAGACGAUGACCCUACCCAUGGCUACGUCAACUACAUUUCCUACGACCAAGCCACAGGCGCCGGUCUGUACAAAGCUGACAACGGCUCCGUCUACAUGGGCGUCGAUUCUACGAACGUCGCCACUGGUCGCGGCCGAGACAGCGUCCGGCUCAGCACGAAGAAAGUCUACAACCACGGUCUCAUCAUCCUUGAUCUCGCACACAUGCCUGCCGGUGCCUGCGGGUCGUGGCCGGCAUUUUGGAUGCUUGGGCCGAACUGGCCGGUCAACGGAGAAAUAGAUAUCAUUGAAGGCGUCAACAGUCAAUCGGCAAAUACCAUGACUUUGCAUACGAACGCGGGAUGUUCCAUCACCAGCACAGGAGCUUUCUCAGGUAGCUUGCAGACCGACAACUGCGACGUCAACGCUCCUGACCAAGCCACCAAUGCUGGCUGUGCUAUCGACAGCGACGACAACCUAACCUUCGGCAGCGGAUUCAAUGCCAACGGGGGCGGCGUGUACGCGACAGAAUGGACAAGCGAGGCAAUCAGCAUGUGGUUCUUCCCCAGAAACAGCAUCCCAUCCGACAUCUCCAACGGCCAACCUGAUCCGUCCAACUGGGGUCUUCCCAAGGGUCAAUUCACCGGCGGCUGCGAUAUCGACGAGCAUGUCAAGGACCAACAACUGGUCUUCGAUGUGACCUUCUGCGGCGACUGGGCCGGAUCGGUCUGGUCCACGGAUUCGACAUGUUCUGCCCUGGGCUCCACUUGCCAGGCCUAUGUGCAGAACAACCCGUCUGCAUUCCAGGAGACGUACUGGCUUAUCAACGGGUUGAAGGUAUACACCGACAAUGGUGCCGCGCCAACGCAGACCACGGCCAUUACAGGCGUCACGGCUUCUCACACAGCGACACAUACAAGUCUGGCUGAGUUCUCUACCGUCAUUACAGCAACUACCUUCGUCACUCUCAAUUCCCCGCCCAGCUCGUCCAGCGAGAGUAUCGCCACACUCGCUGCUACAAGCAGCACAGCGACCGAGACUGCGAUCGGGGCCGCCACAUUCACGAAUCCUAGCUCAACCACCAUUUCCACACCGAUACAGACGCCAUCAGCGACCAGGUUUGUGACCGUCACGGCAAUCAACAACACGCCGUCUGUGGCUGCGGAUCCCACGGUGGUCACCGUGGCUGCAGCGGCGACAUCUACCUGGUCGGCAUCCUCAGAUCCAUGGACUUCUACUGCUUCGUUCGACAAUGGUUCCUGGGAGAACUGGCGAGACGGUGACAGCAACGGAAGUCCCAGCGGUGGCAACAACGGCAACAACGGCAACAACGGCAACAACGGUGGCAGAUGGGGAGGUCGUGGCGGCCGGGGACGAUGA